CGGCAUUUUCGGACAUGGCGAUCGCAGUGGUGGAGAGCGAGCUAGGGUUUUGGAGCGCGACACCGACCAAAUGGCGUGGGGGAGCACUCUCUGGAGGCGCGUCAAGGUGUUCCGGGUAGCAUUGCAGGUCUUCUUGGAUUACAGGGCCGCGCGCAAGAAGGCCGCUGGAUUGCCCAAGGAGGAUCAGAACCUGCUGUGGGAUCGCAUCCACCACAGGAAUGCCGAGCGCAUUUUGGCGGCAAUCACCGAAUUGGAGGGAUUGUGGGUGAAAUUUGGGCAGUAUCUAUCGACUCGAGCGGAUGUUCUUCCGGAAGCUUACAUCUCCAUGUUUCGCCAGCUCCAAGACUCACUACCUCCUCGUCCCAUUGCCGAGGUAACCGCUACUAUAGAGAAGCAACUGGGAAAACCGUUGGACGAGCUGUUCUCAGAGUUCGACCGGAAGCCUUUAGCUACUGCCUCAAUAGCGCAAGUUCAUCGGGCGCGCAUGAAGGACGGCCGUGAUGUUGUAGUGAAAGUGCAACAUCAAGGCAUUAAGGAGUGCGUAUUACAGGACUUGUACAAUGCACGAGUGAUUGUUGAGUGGGUCGCAUGGGCGGAGCCUGAUUACGAUUUCGGCCCUGUUCUAGACGAAUGGUGCAGAGAAGUUCCCCAAGAGUUGAAUUUCAACCAGGAAGCGGGUAUGGACAUUUCCAUGCAUGCUUUGUUUUUUAUUUCCUUCAACUACUUCUACUUUUCUUCUUCUCCAGAAAACACCAAGAAAGUAGCACACAACCUCAAAUCAUGGACCAAAGACGGUACCAUCAGUAUCGAUCCUGUUGAUGUGCUUCUACCUGAAGUCGUUCAGUCAGCCGAGAAAGUCCUGAUUCUCACGUACAUGGAUGGAGUUCGCAUAAAUGAUGUGGCUGGCCUUGAUAGACUAGGCGUGGACAAGCAAGCUGCUGUCGAAACUAUCACCCGGGCAUACGCUCACCAGAUAUAUAUCGACGGAUUUUUUAAUGCCGAUCCUCAUCCUGGGAAUUUUCUAAUAAGUACUCAACCACCUUUCCGACCAAUUUUACUUGACUUCGGGCUCACAAAGUCCAUCUCAUUGCCUUUUAGGCAGUCACUGGCGAAGAUGCUUCUUGCUGCUGCGGAGGGAGAUUAUUCUGCUUUGUUGUCCGCAUUUUCUGAGAUGGGGCUUGUUCUGAAGCUGGACAUGCCAGAAGAGGCGAUGGAAAUCACCAACUUUUUUUUCCGUCGUUCUUUGCCGGCUGAGGAAUCUGUGGCCGAAAUGAAAGAGCUCGUCAAAGAUAACGAUAAGCGCAUCCAACGUUUAAAAUCCAGGAUGGAUAGUAAAGAGACUCUUCGUACUCCAGUUUCUGCUUUCCCAACUGACUCUGUGUUUUUCAUGCGAGUCCUAGGCCUACUAAGAGGACUCUCUUCGGUACUCGGUGCGAGAGUGGUUUAUCUUGAGAUCAUGAAGCCAUACGCAGAAGCAGUACUAUAUAGUGGUGGUCGCUCUAAUGGUGGGAACGAACUACCAAUUUUUGAUAGUCCAUUGCAUUCUCAGGCUGAGGUCAAGCUCCAUCAACUUUUACGUGAGAUGCACAAGCAACAACGGAUACUUGGUGUUCAAGUUUGUGCGUACAAGGAUGGGAAAGUUAUCGUCGAUACAGCGGCUGGUUACCUUGGAAAGUAUGAUCCUCGCCCGGUGCGUUGUGACAGUUUGUUUCCGGUGUUCUCCGCAACAAAAGGAGUUACGGCGGCCUUGUUACACUGGCUUGCAGAUCACGGAAAACUAUCGCUGGCGGAAAAGAUUUCCAGCAUCUGGCCCGAGUUUGCGGAGAAUCACAAGGACGCUUGCACAGUUGCACAUGCCUUGAACCAUACCUGUGGCCUACAAAAUGCGCUGUAUGAUGUGCUAAGGAAGAAUCCUCUGGCUAUGUGCGAUUGGAGUGAGAUGCUAAAGCUCAUUGCAGCCGCCAAACCAGAAUCACCCCCUGGCCAAGAUCAAAAGUACCAUGCUCUUUCUUUUGGAUGGAUAUGCGGUGGGAUAGCUGAGAAAGCCACCGGGAAAACAUUCCAACAACUUAUCGAAGAAGCGUUUGUUACACCGCUGAAGGUUAAUGGCGAGUUUUACGUCGGCAUUCCUCCUGGCGUGGAGGAGCGCCUCGCAUCGCUCACUUUGGAUCCCGAGGAGCUCAAGAACAUACCCGCGGCAUCCGCUGCUGCUCUAAGAACGCAUCUCUCGACGCUGGAAGUAGGGACGACUAGUGAUGGCGUCGGACCGGCGUCACUCGAAGACUUCCUGACAAACGGAUCGCCUCUGUCCGUGAGCUCGCUGCCAAGCCUUUUCAACAUGCUCUUCAUCAGGCGGGCAACCAUCCCAGCUGCAAACGGCCACUUCUCGGCCCGGGCACUGGCGCGCUUCUACGCGACGCUUGCAAGUGGUGGACGCGUCCCCCCCGGCACGUCCUCGUCCAAGCCACCUCUCGGCAGCCACGCUCAUCGACCGCACCUGGGAGGAUCCUCGAGCACAGCCAAGAGGAAAAAGGGAUCCCGGAUAACAGGAAAAAAUUGCUGCAAGACGAGGAGCUUGUCAUCGGACUUGAGUGGGGGCCAGAUCCACUUCCAGGAAGAGGAAGACGCACCGGCAAAGAUCUUCACCAGCGGUGACAUCCACGACGCGUUUGUAGGGGGCGGGAAGUACAGCGGCCUGGUUGCUAGAGACAGCGAGAAGUUUGGGCUUGGGUUCUGGAAGCUCAAGACUGGUGAUACUAGCGCAGGCGCAGGGAAGAAGAUGGCAUUUGGACACUCUGGGAUUGGGGGCUCGUUUGGCUACUGCGACCCCGACAACGAUUUCGCGGUGGCGAUCACGGUGAACAAGAUGACGCUCGGGCAAGUGUCGGGUGAUAUCGUACGACUCGUCUGCUCGGAGAUCGGGAUCCCAUGUCCACUGGCGAUGGAGAGGCCUUCCCAGUGAUAGAUGGUCCAGGUAUCAAAUGGGUCAAAUAGUAGAAACCUUAAACGUUGCAUGGGAAGUACUUAUAAAACGAAAACAAGUCUUGGCCUUACGGUGGUCAAUGCUGAUCUAUCAUGAAAACAACUUCCUCGAA